CUUUUAAAUCAGUGGCAAAGACCUCCACCGCUCGUCAUUUUUCUCCCCGGGUCAUCGCCCGACUGACACAAAAGGAGCGGACCCACUGUUGAGCUGCGUGCAAACCAUAGACUGUACACAAAAGUGCAAACAGAUUCUGGUCGCUUGGCACUAAACACUGGUGAGGUCCUGUUGAUCUGACAGCAGACAGAAAUGUCAGAAACAUCAAGUGAUACAGAGUCCUCCUGUGGCUGGACCAUUAUUAGCAAUGAGGGUUCAGAUAUCGAGAUACUGGGAUCGGAGCCUGCGAUUGGAUCUGGAGCAGAGUUGGAGUGCUCCAACAUGGAAGAGCUAGAGCUGCUAGAAUCACAAGCCUCAGCUUCUGCUGCUUUGUCUGUUGAAGAGAAAAGGGCUGAUUCACUUGACAACACACUGGGAGAGCAGAUGUUAGAUGAGACACUGUACGCUCCGGAGGUUGAAGAUUACACCGCAGGGAAAGAGCAAGUGUUGUUCUCCAGCGAUCACUCAGACAUUGUGACUCUGGGAGACUUAAAGGAUGGCGAGCAGGCAGAAGGAGAGGCAACAGCCAGUGAGGAACUUUACCACUGCACCCCCUGCAGCAGCCAUUAUGCCUUCACAGCUUCAGACAAAGUUUUUCCAGUGCAGCAGCCAGCAGUGACUAAUUCAAGCAGCAGUGAAGAUGAGGCUGGGCGAAGUGCUGGCACUGUCAUACGAAGACGAAGGGUGAGGAAGAACACUGCAAAUACUGUGACUGAAGAGGAGGAGGAAGAGGAGGUGUUGCCAGAAACUCACUCUAGUGAGGGUGAGGAGAAGGAAGAGGUGGCUAAAGAACAGGAGCGGACUGAGGGUAGACCUACUGCUCCUCUGAAUGACCAAGGACGAGUCUGGGGUGGAAGCAUCCUCAACAAAUGUAUCCUGCUCGCCCUCAUUGUAGCCAUCAGCAUGGGCUUAGGCCACUUCUAUGCUACAGUCCAGAUUCAGGAUAGGCAAAAAACUCUGAAGAAAGUCAAAGCGAAUGAGCUUGAUGGUGUAAGAGACCUGCUUCAGCAGCAUGUGAGAGAACAACAUUUUACAAACCUGAGUGUCGGCUUUGGACAAGACAGCCUGGAUGAGCAACAAGUUAUUUCAUUGCUUGCAGAAAUGAUUGAGAAGAUAAAGAAGGAGAACAAGGAGCUCAAUGUGAAACAGGUGCAUAUUCAGGCCCAGAGAGAUAACCUGGAGAUGUUGCUGAAAGACACAGCCAAGGAGCGAACUAACGCCAUGUCUCAGCAGCAGAGUUUGAAAGCUGAAAACCGUCUGAUGAAAAGCUCACUGGAACGUGAAGAAAAGUCUUUGUCCAUCCUACAGGAGGAGCUGAGAAACCUGCGCUCCAAGCUCAGAGAUCUGGAGGCGAUGGGAGCUGGGACUGACUCGCUGCUGUCAGAAAACCAGAGGCUGAAAGACCAGCUGGAAGAGGAGAAAAAUCUCAUCAGGAACUUCCACGUCCAAAGGGAAGAUAUGAUGUCUGAAGCACAGAUGCUGAGGAUAAAGCUUGACAAAGAGAGGAGGGUUACAGAAGAGCUGAGGACAGAACUAAGAAGUUUGAGAAGUCGCAUCCCUGAAGCUGGAAAGGAAGGUGGCUCAGAGGCCGAAGAGCUACAGCUGCGUCUGAUGGAGCUGGAGAGGAAGCUAAGCUUUGAGCAGCAACGCUCUGACCUGUGGGAGAGGCUGUAUGUGGAAACCAAAGAAGAAAGAGCCAAAGGAGACCGAGAGUCCAAAGUGAAAAAACCAAAAGAGGGUAUGGCAGGGAAAGUGAAAGAGACGUUUGAUGCAGUGAAGAACUCCACCAAGGAGUUUGUCCAUCACCACAAAGAGCAGAUCAAGAAAGCCAAAGAGGCUGUGAAGGAGAAUCUGAGGAAGUUCUCCGAUUCAGUCAAAUCAACGUUCCAAAAUUUCAAGGACUCAGCCUCUACCUUCAUCAACAAAGCCAGAGGUUUUUACAAAAAGAGACAUGACAAAAAGUACCCAGAGGAGUCCUGGCACCACAGGCCUCUUCACAGACAGAAAUCUGACUUCUCCCAGAGCAACCACAACACUCGAAAAUCAGGAGGGAAAGUUCAUGAAGAUCAAGGACAUAACAGCCACAAAGCCAGCAUGAAGGGAUGCACCGGGGUGUUUGACUGUGCCUACCUGGAGUACAUGAACAUCUUCAACAAAGCCAUGGAGCCAAUCAGAGCAGAUGAAUUUUACCAGCUGCUGCAGAGCUACCUGCAGCAGGAGGUGGAGCACUUCCACCACUGGAAGGAGUUGGAGAGGUUUAUCAACAACUUCUUCCAUAAUGGAGUGUUCAUCCACGACCAGAUGCUGUUCACAGACUUUGUAAGUGAAGUUGAGGACUAUCUGACAGACAUGCAUGAGUAUCACGUCCUUGAUGAUGACGUGUUUGGAGAUCUUGAUGACUACAUCUACAGGCACUUCUUUUGGGAAGCAUACAUAAAAAGUUACGGCCCGCGUGGGCCUUUUGAAAGACCUGAGGCAGACUUAAAGGAAGAGAUAAGAGCAAAACAUCAACAGCGGAAGCAGCAGAGAGCCAGAUCUCGAUCACACAGUGAACGAAAGUGGAGCAGAUCACAAAGAAACGCAGACCGACACAUGGCUGACGUCAAAAUAGAGCUGGGCCCGAUGCCGUUUGACCCGAAAUAUUGAAAAUGGCUCAGCAGGUUUAACACAAUAGCUGUCAUUUUUCUAAAAUUUUGUUUGCAUUUAGCUGCAAAAUCUCCUGUUUUGUGAGUUUGCACAAUCAUUUUAAUGCUACUGAAUGUCCUUGAGCUGUUUGGUGAAAUAAUUUUUAAGUUGCAAUAGGAGAUGUGGUAUAUCUUAUGCAAGCUGCACAUUUGUGAUAUGAGAAUUAUCAUUUUUGGUUUCCUACCAGGAUAACAUCAAUAUUUGUUGUUUGCCAUCUCAUUUAGUUCAGAAGUACACAAAGCAUUUAUUUUGAAUUCAGUGUGCCAUGUCCACAAAACGUGGUGCAAAAAAAGCUACAUUUACAGCAUCUGUGUGCAUUGUUUUAAUUUGCUGCUGCAGAGACCAGUUUGUGUGAAUUGGUUGUAAUUGGUCUUAAAAGUUGAGAAGCUGUUUCCACACAUUCCACCUCAACCUUGUCCUAAAAGGACCUGGUGGUUUUAUUUCCCUUUUACAUGUGUUAGAAAGAAAAGACUGAAAAAGUGGCAUCACAGCUAAUUUAAUCUAUUGAAAAUAGGUUCUUUAUUUGACAAGAAAUAUUUUAAAAUCACAUUUAAUUUUAAAAUAUUUAUUUUAGUAGCAGAUUACUAUCACAUUUUUUUUUGCUAUUGUUCCAGUGUUUGUCAGUGCCUUUCAUAAAUAAAGAUGCUUUCUCCAA